AUGCAAAUACCCUCCCUGCAGCCCACCGUCCGCCCCCACGCCUCCAGCUCGCAGAUGACCAUCUCGCCCAAACGAAAGCGCGGCCCCUCUGACCCCACUAUUGUCCAGCCCUUUGCGCCCCGCAUCAACCUCUCCGCCCUCUCGGCCAUCAACACCUCCGACAACACCAACCCUCAAGAUCUGAGCCCCCAAGCCCCGGACAGCCCACGCAGCCGCAUCGCCACCCAGUUCGAAAGCCUCCGAUUGCGCAGUGGCGAUGGCGCCGGCUCCGCUCUGCCGGUCAUGAUGGAUUUUAGCGGCGGCAACGGCAGCAGCGCCACGGCGUCGGCCAGCAAAAAGGUGUGCCGCUCGCAAGCCGCAGACGAGAGUCUUGACAACGGCAUAUUUGCCGAGAACUGGAACCAUGCUGCUGCUGCCGCGGCGGCAGCAGCGACGGCAACUCGUACACCCUGGCGAAACACCCCGCCGGACUUUGAGAUCCCCGAGACGCCGCAGAGCUCCUUCGGAAGCAGCACCACCGCCUCGCUACCCGCACACGCGUCAUCGUCGUUCUUGUCCACCGCCAACACCACCACGCAGUCUGCAACCACUGCCUCGCCUCUGACCCGCUUCACACCGCCGCCGCCAUCGUCCUCUCCCUCCGUAAAGCUCCUCCUAUCCGCACGGCGUCACUCCACCCCCACGACGCCCAGCGGCACAUCGACCACCACCACCACCACGACGGCCAACACCAUUAACACCACUCCCACAACCUCGACACCCAACUCUCACCCAUACCACCGUCCUCACAACCACAACCACCGACGCGCACACUCACCCCCACCCCCGCGCCCCGCUUCUCCCUCCUCCCCCGACCCCACAAGCCUAACCUGGCACGACCACGAAAUCACCGGACACCUGAUAGACCCGCGCACGGAUCCGGACGACGACGGCACGGGCAUCAACGGCAUCGGCUUCCGGCCCAGCCACGCGGUCGCGCAGGCGCGCGCGCACAAACGGCGGCAGCAGCUAUUGGAAUGGCGGGCGCGAGAGGCAAGAGAGGCACGAGCGCGGCGGAGGGAGAGACGGGGCGCUGGUGUCACGGCUGCGGUGGCGAGGGCGGGGAGGGUGGGACGGGGCGCCGCGGCUGUUGCUGCUAGUGCUGCUGCUGCUGGAGGUGCGGGCGGAGAGGGCGAGGGAGCUAGGGAGGGCAAGAGGGUCGUCAGGUUUGCAUAG